ACCACAUUGAUGGAUGUUCAUUGAUUUGGUAACUUCCAAACAUUUUCCCCAAAUACCAUGAAAGUCCUCGGAAUGUUCACAGAAAAAUACAUGAAUUUUACGCCUUUUCCCAACUUAAGAAGGGCAUCGCACCCGAUCACAAUACACUGAAAAUUGGAAUCGAUCUGAGUUCAUAUUUUUAUAUUUGAAGUAAUUUUUGUUUCUGCUCCGAGGAAAACCCCAUGAGCAUGGAUCGAGCUUUCCAAAGCGACAUUGAGAGCGCCCUGCAAAACCAAAAGCAAAAUCAACAAGUGGAGAAGCAGAGCCAAGAGGAUGUCGAGCAUAAAUGGAAUUACAUUACUUUCGCAGUGGUCAUGUGGAGUCUCUCUCUCAUAUUUUACCGCAUUGCAUUUCGCCCACACGCCCAUUUUAUCUCAAUACCGGUAGAGAUUUACUUAUUGAUUAUUUGUACCGUCGUUGGUGUGCUCUUUUGCAUUCUAUAUAAGAAAAUUGUGGAGGAAGAGCGAUCAAAAUCCAAGGAUUCCCAGAUUUCAUUCCAGCAAUGCAUUUUCAUCUUAUUGGCGUCUUUGGUAUUUGUAGAUUAUAUUCUGAUUGCCAUCUCCGCCUUGAAGAAAAUAUAGAAAUGCUCUGCAAUAGUGCAUCCAUGAGCAUAAGGGUGAAGAAUAGUAUUGCUAGGUAUUUUACUUCAUUCCCUGAUAAAUCCAGGACAGCUGUGGUCCAGAAAUGUUUGAAAUAAAUGAAAUAUAGAUUUUUGAGCUGCGGUCCAGACUCCAGAGAAGUUUCUCUAUUUUAAAAACAAAAUUAGGAAUAUAUUUGACUAUGUAAUGUUAUUCUCUUGUAGGCCUCUACAGAAGCUAGGGUUUGUUCUUAAACAGGGUAUCCUGUGGUUAAUGUGUGUUGAUCAAUUGAUUGUCUUUACUAGAAACUUUAAUAAAUAUCUUUAUAGCUGGUUUAUUUGUAUAUAUAUAACAUUUUACAAUUGAUUUGGGAUGAAAUCUAUAAUUGUUUUUCUCCUUCCGUAGCUUGUUAUCCUUUCAGAAAUGGCGAUUGAUAUGUAUGUAGAUUUUGGUGUUAUUUAUUUGCCAUUAAAUCCAUAAAUUUAGUUUUUGUAUCCAGAGUUACCAACAUAUGGAUCACAAAUAAGACAGAUGGGUAACGCAGUUGCAUUAUCAAUAGGGCAUCGGUUUAAGUCUUCUGUUUGAAGCUGUGGAGGAUCAGCUGGGGUCAUUUUAAACAACCAAAUAACUGAUCGGAUAGAUAUAUGAGCAAUUGAAACCGGCAUAUGGACCUUAAUACAAUUGGAAUGGAUGGAAUGGAUGAUCCUCAAAAGAUGAUAAAAUACAAGCUUUUUCUGAGGAUAAGCUAUGGUGCAUGGAAUUUAUAUCAAGUCUUACAAGUUCUAGCUAUGAACAUUGAAGCUCUAUGGUAAACUGAAAUGACAUUAGAACAGAUGACCUCAAGAAAGCUUCUGAAUACUAGAUACAUGUCCCCACAGCUAAGAUGAUGCUAUGGUGGAUUGGAAUGAUAUUCAGGAUGCCUGACCUCUCGUAAAGCUUCUUUUACUUGACAUGCCUAGCCUUCUAAUGCGUUGAAAACCUCAAAAAAAAAAGAGAUCCAUGCAUACUUUUAACCUUCGUAAGAGACAAAGCAUCUCAAUGGUAGAGAAACUUGGCAACACUUCGGAUUUUUUAUGUCUACCAUGUGUGGCUUGGAGGAGGAACUAUCUCCACUCCACACCAUGAGCUGUGGAAGAAAAGAAAUUAUUAGCAUUAAUUGUUGGAGCCAUGUGAAUGCCAUCUUGGCUGGCUGUACACAAUGAAACCUCCAUAAUGACAUAUCUAUGCUAUGCAGAUCCCUUAUAUUGAACUGAUAAAAUACUUAGAUGACCACAAAGUUUAGGAAACUUCUUUGGAAACAGGGCAUUUUCAUAAGCACUACAUGUAACAUAUAAGUUAAAAUCUUAAUAAACUUCUGUAGCCUUCCAUGAAAAUGGAGCAUUCAUUCAAACAUGUAUGCUUUACUUUACAUGCAUAAUAUUAAUGUUUCUCUCCGGAGGACUCAUUUGAAUGCAAAGCUUUAAACUAUACCUCAGAACAACACAAGAAAGACUCAAACAAUUUCUUUUACAAUGCAGUGCUUACCUUUUAAAAAAUUCGAAAGCAGUUCUCUGCUGCAAAGAUCUCUGUAAGUAUUUCUUGGGUCCUGAAUAUCUAAUGCAUUUGUAAGCACCACAACCCCUGCUGUCCUGUUUGUAUACCCACUUGAGAUCAGGAAAACGUCUACACCAAUGUUCUUUUUAUUUUUUCACUACACUGUCUAGAGAGUUGAGCUGGUCGUUUCUUCCAAAAGAUGCAUCUAUUCAGGAAAUUGAAAUAUGCUGAACACACACUAACACUGUAGGUAGUUAAGCAGGUGAUGCAGAGGAGCACAGAGAAAUAAAAAAAUCACUGACAGGUCACUCAGAAUAAUGAAAAAAUCAUGAUUUUAAUACAUCGGCUGUUGCAGUAAGACACAUGAUUUUGUUUUUGCAGAUUUCACAGAGUUUUGCUUCUGAGUUCUCCAUAUCUCCCAUCUAAUACAAGAGCCAAAUUUAGCACAAACCGGGCCCACAACUCUGAGCUGCAGACUCCAAUAGAGCAUCUUGAUAUCCCAUUUAAAUUAAUCACCUACCCACUAAAAGUAAAAAGCUCCCCUAAACUUUUCCUCCGCACGCAAUAAAAAAUACUAAGUAUUAUCUUGGAAGCAAUGCUACAAAAAAUGCUCUGUUCUAUGUUAAAAUUGAAAAAUAAAAACCAAACACGGUUACAUUUUCUAAAUUCUGAUUUCACAUGGAUUCCAAAGGAAGAAAUCUUGUGUUCGUCCACCUCAUAGAAGUAAAAGAAUCAUGGAUGUUACCUCCUCGCUACGCCGACUUCACUUUCAUCUGAUGGGCGACUGCACCUUCCCUCCAAUUUCUCGUACUUGGAAAUUUUCAAUAGUACGGACAUCUUUAGCCCACCAGGCGAGUUUCGGUGAAUCUUUUUAAUGUCAGGCUUGUAUAAAAAGAAAUGCUGCUGGAUAGAAAUCUCAUAUUCCUCAACUUCAAUUUCUGUGGAUGUGAAAGUCGUCAUGAACCAAGCUGCUCUUCGUUCUGCUGAUAUUUCACUCGACUCAACGAUCCCAACGAUUUCUAAAUCGUCUGACAUUGAAAGCGCCCUACAACAGUGCUCAGCUCGAACAAUGGAAGGGCGUGUAUGGGGUAAUGGAAUUCUGGAAGGUCGUCUAUGGAGUAAUGGAAUUCAUUGGACUAUUUCGGGACCGACCCUUUUCUCCCCAAUUAUGUGCUACCGAAAGUGCCCUGCAACAGACUGUUCCAGCCCAGCAAUCAAAUAAGGCUGCCAGCGAAACGUUGGAUUCUGAGAAGUCUGAUAUUGAAAGCGGCUUCGAGCAGACUGCUUCAACGAGACAAAUCGAUGUGGAGAUGGAGGAGGCUGUGAAGCACAAGUGGAAGUUUGUGAAUUGCGCAUUGGCAUUCUUUGGAAUAUCUCUUGUACUUUUUGGGGCGGAUUUUCGGUCAAAUAGUCGAGCCAGUACAUUAGUAGUGGAGAUCUGCUUAUCGUCUGUCUCUUUAAUUUCUGGAGUGCUCUUCUAUAUUAUAUAUCUCAAGAUUUGCAAAGAAGAGCAAUUGAAGAUAACUAGAAGCCAAGUUUCAGGUCGUUCGUAUCAGUUUCUUCUUUUCAGCUUAGCGGUGUGUUUGACAUUCGGUGUAUACAUCCUCAUUGGUAUCAGCGCCGCAAAGAAAUUGUAAUAGUUUGAUAUUCUAAUGACUAGAUUCAGUCUAGUAAAGCAUAAUUUA